AUCUAUUAAAGCUGCACUGCUGGAAAACUGAGAUAGAUAGAGCAGAGGCAUCUGCAGUUGCUACAGAACAGCUGUGGCAAUAAUGUCCUCAGUCGCCAGCUCGGCAUAUUUCAACGGCAACCCAUCACCAAAGCACAAAGCUACAAGCUAUUACUGUGGACUUAAAGUGAAGAAAGCCUGUUCGCCAGUAUAAAAAUGGCGGUGUUUCAUCAUACAGAUACAUUCACAGGUGUUUAUGCAGAAAAUAUUUUGUAUAAAACGCACUUGAAUACGCAACCUAGCAACUACAAAAUAAAUACUCAGAACACCCACUGAACCCUCGCGAAGAGAGCCCUCCUUCAUUACUGUUGCUUUGUCCUACAAGCCACGGUGUUCUCACACGGUGAAAAAUACAUGGCUGGGCAAAGACAAUCCUGACAAUGCGCCAACAGACAGGUUACUUUUUGUAUGAAAGUGUUAGUAAAUACCAUUUUAUGGCUAAUGUGUCGUAGCGGAUCACUGUAGCGUUUUAUUGAACAUCAAAAGGUAUCUUGUUUCAUUCCUGUAAAGACUUAAAAUAAUACACUGUUUUUUCCAAUUCAAGUCCACUGACAUUAAUCCAAGAUCUGUGUUAUUUGGACAUUUGUAUAGAAUUAAGCUAAAAACCCUCAAUAACCCGUAGAAAUACUUUUUCAACCAUAUAGCAAAAUGUUAAAAACCUUUUAGAAAAACCUAGCGCCCUUGCAACUAUGCACCACACCAAAGCAACAACAUAAGGGCAUCUUAAAAGAACAUUCAGAACACCCACUUAAAAGUAUAGCAACAAGCUAAAAAUCACUAAGAAACCCCCAACAACCACAUCUAUAGACACUUUUUCAAACAUAUAACAGCAGUUUAAAAACCUUUAAGAAACAACAUAGCAACCCAACAAUCACUGUUGGGGAGUAACUAGUUACAUGUGAUAUAAUAAAUGUAAAAUAUAAUGAACAAAAUAAAUGUAAAUAGCCUUAAGUUACUUAAAAUUACUGCAAUCGAACGAUUAAUCACGAUUUGAUUGGCAUCCAUAAGAAAUGUGCGCUGUGUAUAUAUUUAUUGUAUAUAGAUAAAUACACACACAUGCAGAGGGGCACGGAAAAGGGGAGGGGAAGUUAGGACUAAAGGCCAAAAAAUAAUUUACAUGAAUAUGAAUAUAUAUAUGUAAAUAUUUUCAGAAUAUAUGCUGUAUGUGUGUGUCUUUAUGUAUACAUAAUAUGUAUGCACAGUACACACUUAUAUAUUAUGUAAACAAAAACUUUUAUUUUGGAUGUAAUGAAUCACGAUUAAUACCGCAUUAAUAAAACAAAUACAACUGAAAAUCCUCAAAUCAAAACCUAAAGACCCGAUCCUCUCUUUGCUGUCUCAUCUGGACUUGUUCCUAUCAAUCCCACCAAUCAUAUGAUAUCUAACAGCAGGGAAUCUUAAGUAUAAAACUGCCUAGGAGGCUGAACAUCUGUCCAGUGCUGUUUAGAGAUUGCAUAAAGGUUGUCCGUUCCCAAAUGAGUAAACGUCUGCAAAGACGCAUCAGAAAACAUGUUUAUCCUUCUUUAUCUGAGCUUUUGGAGCGUGUUGGGGUCUCACAGUCAGAGCUUGAGCUCAACAACAGCAGCAGCAACAACAACAACAACAACAACAACAACAACAUCGCAAGCAUUUGUGACACCCGGAGAAGACAACGGCCAAUGCACGACCUGUCAAUUUAGACAGCAGAGUAAACUCAUGCGCCUGCACUCCAUUAAGUCGCAGAUUUUAAGCAUUCUGCGUCUAGAACAAGCUCCGAAUAUCAGCAGAGACACGGUAAAGCUACUCUUACCCAAGGCACCUCCUCUGCAGGAGCUCCUGGAUCAGUACGACCAAAAUGGAGGCAUUAGUGAGGACGAGGAACAAGGCAGCAGUGAGACCAUCAUUACCAUGGCCACAGAACCUCAAGCCUUCACCCAUCUUGAGGGGAUGCCGAAGUGCUGCAUGUUCUCACUGAGCCCGAAGAUUAUGCCUAACAGCAUCAUCAAGGCCCUCCUCUGGAUCUACCUCCGACCAGCUGAGGAGCCAACCACAGUCUUCAUCCAGAUAUCUCACCUGAGGUCUUUGUCUGAAGGCAGCAAUCACUCAAGAAUACGAGCACAAAAAAUUGAUGUGAAUGCCCGCACAAACUCCUGGCAGCACAUCAACAUGAAGCAGCUGUUGCAGUUGUGGCUCAAACAGCCUGAGAGUCACUUUGGGAUAGAAAUCAAGGCCUUUGAUGCAAAUGGAAACGAUCUGGCUGUGACCUCUGCAGAAUCUGGAGAAGAAGGACUGCAACCCUUCCUGGAGGUAAAAAUAUCAGAGUCUGGCAAGCGGUCCAGACGGGACACUGGCCUCGAUUGCGAUGAGCAUUCUACGGAGUCACGUUGCUGCCGGUAUCCACUCACCGUCGACUUCGAGGAAUUUGGUUGGGACUGGAUAAUUGCUCCCAAGCGCUACAAGGCCAAUUACUGCUCCGGUGAAUGUGUGCAGAAGUACCCCCACAGUCACAUCGUCAACAAGGCCAACCCUCGGGGCAGUGUAGGCCCCUGCUGCACGCCCACCAAGAUGUCACCCAUAAACAUGCUGUAUUUCAAUGACCGUGAGCAGAUAAUCUACGGAAAAAUCCCUUCAAUGGUCGUGGACCUUUGUGGCUGCUCUUGAGCUUCUUGAGCAGCUACGACAGCAAGCCGUCGCUGCUCUGGACCGGGAGGGGAAGUGAAAAUAACUUUUACCUUGUCCCUGACAAAAUAGUUCCUGCUAAAGCAAUUGACCACACCAGGAUCCCAGCCAAUUUAUCCAAUUCUUUUAGUUCGUUCUCAUCGACUUCUGCACAUAAGGACAAUAGUACCAAGGUGACAAGACUUUCUUUGUUUUUUAAGGUAUAAGGCUUCCUCUGUGAAUGCAUUUGAGCAUAGAGAUGACCUGAUGGGCUUUACCAGCUUGAUAUCAGAAUGUAAAAAAUGCAAAAAGUACUUUAAAUUAAUGUCAAAGGGGGUUGUAUAGUUGAUUAUUUAUAGAAAGUCACUUAUCCCCCAGUGACCCAAAAACAGGAACACUGACCUAGAAACUCGCUCAACAUGACGUCCAAACAAUAGACUUUAAGAAUGCAGUUUCAUAGCAUAUGGGUAGUUGGAAUAUGAUAGGGAUAAGAGAAGUCUGUUAUUGCUGUAACUGGUCAAAAAAAUCUUUACAUUUACAAAUGAUCUUUAAAUGCUUUUUAGACAUUGCUGGAAUAUGUCAACUAUCCAACAGCAUGCAUAUUUUGUUUCUUCUCAAAAAAAAAAAAAAACACUGAUUAAAUUUCCAGUUUACUAGUUAUGUCACAGCCUAGAGAUGAACAUAGAGAUGUUUUAUUGGAAGCAUGGAAUUAGCAUGGCAUUAUGUUGUAGUUUUGAUCUGAUGUACCAAGUAAAAUGCCUGUUAUUGA